UCUCGGUUUCUAGAAUCGGCAUUACGUCAUUUUUUUCUGCCUCGCGCAGGUAUAGGAGCUGCAAACAACAACAACAGAAGCAGCAGCCGAGAGAGAGAGAGAGCAGCAGCAGCUCUUACACUUUCCUCACUUUCAACAAGGAUUAUCACCCGUUCCCUCGCGCUGCUCUGCACCGAUAUUCUCUGGACUCUGGGUUUAUUUUUGCUUCGUUCUUGCAGCAUUUUGAUUGCAUACAUACACGUUUGCUUGGUCUGGUCAGCAGAACCACCGUGUAGAGAUGGUUUUCUGCAGGGAUGGUCAGCCUGAGCGAGCCCCGCUGUCCCGUAUCCUGCCGCAGCUCUACCUCGGUGCAGAGAUGGAUGUAACGCAGGACUGUCUCUCUGCCCGGGGUAUUUCCUAUGUGCUAAGCGUUAGUCGCUGUUGCCCUCAGCCAUCAUUCCUGCCCCAGUCCCAGUACCUCCGGAUCCCCAUAGACGACUCUCUCCGGGACGACCUGCUGCCCUGGAUCCCCCAGGCGCUGAGCUUUAUUGAUGGAGCCAUGUCCCUGGGUUGCUCAGUCAUCGUCCACUGUGCAGCGGGAAUCUCACGGUCCCCAGCUCUUGCAGUGGCUUACGUUAUGUACAGUCUGGGAAUGGAUCUGGAUCAUGCUUACAGGUAUGUGAAAGAGCGCAGGCCUACGAUUUCCCCAAACUUCAACUUCUUAGGUCAACUGCAGGUCUUCCAGGGAACACUUCCUCUGAAAAGCGGUAACACAAACCAGACCCCACAUCACCUGCUCAGUUCUUCUGACACCAGCAAACCAGCCAAUAGCAACUCCACUUCAGGUCUGUUCACCAAUGAAAAAGUGCAGGACAACGUUACAGACAAUGAUAGCGUGGUCAGUGAGGACACCAAAGCAGAUGUACACUGUGAAAACAAGAACAGCCACCAAAGGGAAUGUGUUUUGACCCCAAACCCAAAGCCAGAGUUUACUCUAUCUCUCUCCAAUAAGCUCAAAACUCUAACUUUACAGCCUGUAGAGGUGCAGAGGUCACCCUCGACUCUGCAGGAUGCCCACACGCCGCUGCCACCAAAGCCCACCCACCUUCAAAUCCCAUCUCUCAUAGAAAAGCGCAAGAGCCUCACUCUGUCGCUCACUCCAGUCUGUCCUAGUCCCCAGACUGUCCACCUGGAGGCAGCAGCAGUAAGCAACAUUUCUAGCAGCAACGCUUCUGCUCAGUGCGAGGCAUGCAGUGCCCCUGUUGACCAGAGGCAGGCACCAAGAGGAGGAGCAGGAAAAAGCAGAAAGCUUGAUCUUACACUGAACAGCACCAACAGGUCCAACAGCAGAGAGGCUUCUUCAAGAUGCAGCUCAUCAGGGUCCCAGAAAAAAAGAGAAAAGAAUGAGAAACGAAGCUCCUCCUCCUCAGUAAACAGGGCAAAAAAGCAGGAGCAGCCAAAAGCAAAGCCAUCCCUGCAGAAAGGAAAGAGAGACUGUAGUAAGGCAACAACAGCAAAAAGACAUGGGCAGGCCCAGAGCUCAGGCAGUACCACAGCUCACCAGCAGGAGGUGCCAGUUUGCGCAGUAGAAGCAGUGGAGGUUAUUGAUGCUGACCAAAGUCCCCUGUCACCCAUCAACCUGACUAUCAACCGACUCUUGGGGUGGGGGGAGCGCAUGCUGCUCGGGGUCCUUCUUGGCCCCCAUAUCAAGGUGGGCCAGGCUGCUCUGCCUUACAGAUGCUGAAGAAAGUCCGGCGGAUGCUGAAGAUUCGUUUGUGCACUUUAAGAAAUGAUGCACUCAUAUGUCAUGUACAGUAAAUUAAUUCUACAUUAAUAAAAUAUGGCAGAAUUACUGUAGACAGUUACUGUAGAAAAUAAGUGAAGUGGAAAGAUGUACAGUGAUUUUGGUACCAUGUUGAAAUUUUACUGAUUUUACAGGUUUGACUGAUAUUGAUGAUUGGUGAUUUAUUUUAUAGUAAUCCAAAAGAGCAAAAUGUCUAAAGACACUUAUGCCUUGUAUUCUAUUCAUUUUACUGCAUUUUAAAAUCUAGAAUAAUAGACAAAAUUGCAGUGUUAUCCAAGGAAGUCCCAAAAAUGUCUAUGUUUUUUGUAUUAUUGUAUUUGUCAACCAAAUUAUAUUGGAUAUUGCAAAUAUCGACAUAACUCCACAAUUCCUGUAACUGUGUGCAUCCAUACUAAACACAGAUCAGCCAUAACAUUAAUGCCACUGACAAGUAAAGUGACUAUAUAUGAAUAACGCUGAUCAUCUGCAAGUUAAUCUGCAGUCAGUUCUUAAAGCACAAGGAUCUUCCGAGGUCUUGUGGAGUCCAGGCUUUGACGGGUCAGAGCUGUUUUGGUUGGGCAAGUAUGGUUGGUAUAACAACAAUAUUACUUUUAAUAUUACAUAUUAAUUUUAAUGCUUUUACUGUCAUGGCUGUUUGGUGUACAUUGUAUUAAUAUGGAAAUAAUGCACACAGUUGCAACAAGUCAGUUCAGUGCAUCACUUUUUUCAGUGCACAAACCCACUACACAGCAUCAAGUUUAUUUUGGUCCUCAAAUGGACAAGAAAACUCUUUGACGAAGGAGAAAAAGGAAAUGAAAAUCAAGGGAGAUGGUGUGAAUAGAUGUAUGAGUGUGUACAGUUGUGUGUGUUUUUGUGUGAGAGACUUUUACUUAUUUGACCAGACUGCAUGUUGGGCCUAUAUAUAAAACGGUUUGUGUGACAAACAUGUACACUUCAUCUGACGCUCUGUCAUAAAUCGCCUAUUUGCUGUCGAUUAUUCUACAAAUGCACUGAAUGUGUGUAAAUGGCUGAAGAAGACUUUGCUAUAUGUCUGUUCUAUUUUAUUGCACAGCCCGCCUGUGAAUUGAUUAUUUAUUGAACUGAUUAUUGUUGUUAUUUAUAAAUCAAUAUUUUCAGGUUGACUGGCUAUUUUAGCACUACGGCUUGUACUGAGACACAGUGUUCAUUAAAGACGACAUAUUUUA